AUGGCCCCACUCUGGGCCGUCUGGCUGCUGGCAGCAGGGCUGUGGGGCCUUGGCAGCGGGGCUGAGGUGUGGUGGAACCUUGUGCCCCGGAAGACAGUAUCCUCUGGGGAGCUGGCAGCCGUGGCGCGGCGGUUCUCCCAAACGGGCGUCCAGGACUUCCUGACGCUGACCCUGACUGAGCGGACGGGGCUGUUGUAUGUGGGCGCCAGGGAGGCCCUCUUUGCCUUCAGCGUAGAGGCUCUGGAGCUGCAAGGAGUGAUCUCGUGGGAGGCCCCAGCCGAGAAGAAGGUUGAGUGUAUCCAGAAGGGGAAGAGUAACCAGACGGAGUGUUUCAACUUCAUCCGCUUCCUGCAGCCCUACAACGCCUCCCACCUGUAUGUCUGUGGUACCUACGCCUUCCAGCCCAAGUGCACCUACAUCGACAUGCUUAGCUUCUCUCUGGAGCGCAGAGAGUUGGAGGAUGGGAAGGGAAAGUGUCCCUAUGACCCGGCCAAGGGCCACACUGGCCUCCUUGUGGAUGGCGAGCUGUAUUCGGCCACGUUCAACAACUUCCUGGGCACAGAGCCUGUUAUCCUGCGUAACAUGGGGCCCCACUACUCUAUGAAGACGGAGUAUCUGGCCUUUUGGCUCAACGAGCCGCACUUCGUGGGCUCUGCCUACGUGCCUGAGAGCGUGGGGAGCUUCACGGGUGACGAUGACAAGAUCUACUUCUUCUUCAGUGAGAGGGCCGUGGAGUACGACUGCUACGCCGAGCAGGUGGUGGCUCGGGUAGCCCGGGUCUGCAAGGGAGACCUGGGGGGCGCACGGACCCUGCAGAGGAAGUGGACCACGUUCCUGAAGGCGCGGCUGGUGUGCUCUGCGCCCGCCUGGCAGCUGCACUUCAACCAGCUGCGGGCUCUGCACACCCUGCAGGACACCUCUUGGCACAACACCACCUUCUUCGGGGUUUUUCAGGCCCGAUGGGGCGAUGUGGAUCUGUCAGCAGUCUGCGAGUACCAGUUGGAAGAGAUCCAGCGGGUGUUCGAGGGCCCCUACAAGGAGUACCGUGAGCAGGCGCAGAAGUGGGGCCGCUACACCGACCCAGUGCCCAGCCCGCGACCCGGCUCGUGCAUCAACAACUGGCACCGCCAUCACGGCUAUAGCAGCUCUCUGGAGCUGCCCGACAACACGCUCAACUUCAUUAAGAAGCACCCACUGAUGGAGGAGCAGGUGGGGCCUCGGUGGGGUCACCCCCUGCUCGUGAAGAAGGACACCAACUUCACCCACUUGGUGGCUGACCGGCUCACUGGCCUCGACGGAGCCACCUAUACAGUGCUGUUCAUUGGCACAGGAGACGGCUGGCUGCUCAAGGCCGUGAGCCGGGGGCGCUGGGUCCACUUGAUUGAGGAGCUGCAGGUGUUUGAUCAGGAGCCCGUGGAAAGCCUAGUCCUGUCCCAGAGCAAGAAGCUGCUCUUUGCGGGUUCCCGCUCACAGCUGAUCCAGCUGCCCCUGGCCGACUGCGUCAAGUACCGCUCCUGCGCAGACUGCGUCCUGGCACGGGACCCCUACUGCGCCUGGAACGUCAACACCAGCCGCUGCGUCGCCCCAGGGGCCCACUCUGGGUCCCUGCUGGUGCAGCUCGUGGCAAUCUCAGACACCUCGGCCAUUUGUAACCUGCGCGGCACCAAGAAAGUCAGGCUCACUCCCAAAAACAUCACGGUGGUGGCGGGCACGGACCUGGUGUUGCCCUGCCACCUCUCUUCCAACCUGGCCCACGCCCGCUGGACCUUUGGUGGCCGGGACCUGCCCUCGGAACAGCCUGGCUCCUUCCUGUACGACGCCCGGCUCCAGGCCUUGGUGGUGAUGGCAGCCCAGCCCCACCACGCCGGGGCCUACCACUGCUUUUCGGAGGAGCAGGGGGCACGGCUGGCUGCCGAAGGCUACCUCGUGGCUGUGGUGGCCGGCCCAUCGGUGACCCUGGAGGCCCGGGCGCCCCUGGAAAACCUGGGGCUGCUGUGGCUGGCUGUGGUGGCCCUCGGGGCCGUGUGCCUGGUGCUGCUGCUGCUGGUCCUCUCACUGCGCCGGCGGCUGCGUGAGGAGCUGGAGAAGGGCGCCAAGGCGGCCGAGAGGACCCUGGUGUACCCUCUGGAGCUGCCCAAGGAGCCCACCAGUCCCCCCUUCCGGCCCGGCCCCGAGACAGAUGAGAAACUUUGGGAUCCCAUUGGCUACUACUACUCGGACGGCUCCCUGAAGAUCGUGCCUGGUCACGCCCGGUGCCAGCCCGGCGGUGGGCCCCCUUCACCACCUGGCAUCCCAGGCCAGCCCCUGCCUUCUCCCACGCGGCUUCACCUGGGGGGUGGGCGGAACUCCAACGCCAACGGUUAUGUGCGCUUGCAGCUAGGAGGGGAGGACCGGGGAGGGCUCGGGCACCCGCUGCCGGAGCUCGCCGAUGAACUGAGGCGCAAACUGCAGCAGCGCCAGCCACUGCCCGACUCCAACCCCGAGGAGUCGUCAGUAUGA